AUGCCCGCACCCUUGAAUCUGGACGCCAAAUACAUUGAUGCUCUGAUCCAGGCCAUCCUCGACCGCCAUUCCGUCUUGUUGGAAGGCAACGAGAGUCGUCGACUCGACAGAAAUCGUCAACGAAGUCAGGCAUGGGAAGAAGUCAGAAGCAUCGUCCAGCCAAUGACCGACCGACCGUUGACGGUCGAAGCCGUCAAAAGUGCCUUCAAGCAUAGACAGAUGAAGAUCAAGCGGAUUCUGCAAACAGCCAAAGAGUAAGUCAACUGUGUUUGCUAGAAUUAUUAUUUAUUAAUUUCAAAAUGACCCUUCCGCCUUAUCGUAAAGUGCUUCGAACUUUUCUAAUACCUUUCAUAGUAAUAUUUUUAUAAAAACAUAAUUAAUAUAACCUCUUCAGUGAUGACAGCGACUCCAACUGGCAACGUCUGCCUGAACUCAGUGGGUUAAGUCAAGCAGAAACUCGCCUCUUCCAUUACCUGUCCAAUUCCCAGCAAAACAAAGAAGAUGCCGAUGGUACUGUGGAGGACGACAACAAGGGGUACGCGCUGAAUUCGUCAGCUAUCCUCAGAAGUCUUCUGGCAUUAGACGAGAAUGAAAAUCGACUUCAGAAACGCAAAUUGGAAGCUGAUGAAUCCUCCGAAUGUAGCAGUAAAACGCCAAGAUACGAAAGCAACUCUCUGAUGGAUCUACUCACCAAAAACGUAAGUUAAAUAGCUAUAUGUAAACCAUAAUUAGAUGUGUUCAUAGGUUAAGUUUAAUGCCUGAACACUCCUUAAAGUUAUGAUGUUCUCCUUGCAUAUAUUAAUGUAAUAUUAUAAUUCAGUCGCCCGGAUCUUCGAACGAGGACUCGAACAACGAGAACGCCGAACUAAAGGAGGACGAGGCUGGGAGCGACACAUCCGAGAAGGAGUUCCUCGCCAGCCUCAACAUUCCCCACCUGACGACGGCGUUGGAAGUGUCGGCCACCCCGAUCAACUACGCCUCCUCCAACCACAGUGAUCAGGAUAACGUCGUGCCAGAGGCCGUGAUUAACGCUGUGGUCGAUCGGAAGGCUGUGUUACUCGAAGAUAACAUGAGUCGGAAGGCGUGUCGCAAUAAACAAAGGUGCGACGCCUGGGAAGAGGUGCGACAGGUCGCGGAGAACGCAUCGACCAGCGGGAGCGUGACAUUGGACAUGGUGAAGGGGAUCUUCAAGUACAGGCAGAUGAAGAUACGAAGGAUCUAUGAGGAGCAUCAGAAGUAAGUGAUAUGAGGAUAAAUUAUACAGUGCUACCAAUAAAGUCAGCGCUUUUUAUUAUGAAUUACUUUGUUAACUCGUACAUUUUCAGUAAAAACCUCGACAUUAGCAAGUACAACUUAUCAGAGGCGGAGCAACGCCUGUUCAACUGGUACUGCACAUAUCAACCACCUACACAUCACCGAUCGUCUAACCAUUCCGACCCCCAGUCUUCUGAUAUGAUUCAAUCAGAACGAACCAAGACUCCAGAAGUCAACACCUUCGACUCCAGCCUUCUCAACUUCUUGAACCCACCCCCUACCAUGCCUGACGUCAGCAUCCUGCACUUACAGAAGGAAGUACUACAGGUAUGUUAUUUCUUUACUGUGGUAAAGCAUUGUUAUUGUACUACCGUCUCAAGGUGACAUAUGGUACAAUCUUAGCCUUAAUAUUUACUAUAGUAUAUGUCGUAUUAUAUAUUCCAUGGCCUUCUGUCGUAUAUCUCUUCGCACUCAACUACCUACGCCAUUAUUUAUUUAUGGAUUAAUGUUGCAGUAUAUAAAUUCACCUGUUCCAGACUCAGAAGGAGUUGUUCGUGGAGCAAACCAAAAUGUGUCAAGCUGUUGUUAACACCCUCAAUGGCUUCGUCAGCUGGUUGGGGAAGAACCAGCUAAACCAAUGUAAAAACUGCAACUCAGGGAAGUAG